UGCUCUGGCGUUCGGAAGCGUUCGCUGCGGCUCCUGUCUCUUGGCCAGGUUUUGGUCGCCGGUGCUUUUCGUCAGCAAGCUCCUGCAAUGGCUCAAGAGCGAGAAGACAGGGAAGACCCGGAACCCGUCUUGAUGUCCUACCUGGGCUUCUGGGACCCGAUGAGGCGCCUGCGAACGCAGCCGUCCCCCCAGUGCCUCGUAGAGACCAGGAGGGCCCUCGUGGACAUCUACCUUAAGCCAGUUCCGGGAACGUAUGUCGUACCCCAUGAUGAUGACGUUACUAUGAUCCAGGCGCUGCUGCUGGGACCCCCCGGGACGCCCUACGAGGGUGGAUUUUUCUGGUUCGUGAUGAGGUGCCCUCCCGAGUACCCCGCCAAGCCUCCGCAGGUGCGCCUCAUGACCACGGACGAGGGACGGGUGCGUUUCGGCCCAAACUUCAACGAGAGCGGCAUGAUUUGCCUCAGCAUCCUCAGCACCUGGCCAGGGGCCAGCUGGAAGCCGACGCACCGUAUUCGCGUCGUGCUGAACGCUCUUCUCUCGUUGAUGACAACCGACCCGUACUUCAACGAACCCGCUCUCGUGAGACGAAAGGAACCAGGCGAGGCUAGUGGUUACAACGACUUCAUCCGCCACGAAACCAUCCGUGUGGCCGUGUGCGACAUGGUCGAAGCUUGCCUUCAGAAGAAAGCUCCGUGUCACCCGAUCCUGCAGGUCGUCAUCCUGAAGGCAUUCGUCCAUCUGUACCCAAACUACGUUAGGAUAGUUCGAGGUCAGCUCCAUCUGAAUGGACGCAGGAUGAGCGACCCGUUUAGUGCCAGGAGUGGAAGGUACAGAUACGAUGUGCUGCUAGACCGACUUCAAUACUUGUACCACAGCACUGUGUGCGGAUGCCCGCAAGGCCCUGGUGGAGACAAGCGCGCGUAACGCGUACAUUCACACCUGCACG